AUGAAUACUAUUGAAAAUAGUAACAAUAACAGUGGUAGUAUUAAAGGUAAUAGUAAUAGUAAUAGUAAUGGUAACAUUCCACCCAGAUAUAAUAAACUUUCAACACCAGAAUCAAAACAACUUUUUGGUCAAAUAUUCAAUUUAGAAUUUAAAAAGAUAGAUAAGUCUGGUUAUGAUAAAUUAAAACAUGUAUCGUGUAAUAAUAAAGAUAUUACAAGCCCACAAUCAAUUUAUUCAAAAAGAUUUUAUUUAGAUUUAAUUUCAGUGAGAAACUAUUUACAUGUAGACCAUGGUGUUAGAAAAACCAAGAAUCAUUUUUAUUUAAUUAAAAAGAAUGUAAAUCAACAACAAUUAGAUAAAUUAAAUAGUGAAUUGAUAGAGUUACUAGCUUCAAAAAAGAGAAAAAUCAACACAGCUAAAGAGAAUAAAAAAGUGAAACAAUUAAAGAUUGAUAACCAACAAUUAAAUAAUAACUAUCAACAAUUAAAUAAUGAUUAUCAACAAUUAAAUAAUGAUUAUCAACAAUUAAAUAAAAAGAUGGAACAAUUAAAACAAAAAAAAUCUCAUGAUCAAAAUACAAUUAUUCAAUUUAAGAAUAAAGAAGAAGAAUUAAAAAAUCAAUAUGAACAAUUACAGAUUCACUCAAAUAAUCAAUACCAACAAUUACAGAUUCAAUCAAAUUAUCAAUAUCAACAACUGAAACAAGAAAUGGACCAAGUGACUCGUCAACUCGAUCAAUGUAGGGAAACAAUUGGUAGUUUAGAAACUUGUGUUGAUGAAACGAAUAAGUUAUUGGAUCAAGUAACAAAAAAAAGAGAUCAAGUAGCAAAAGAAAGAGAUGAAGCAAUUAAAAGGGUUCAAAUAUUAGAAUGUGGUAUCAAAAAGUAUGAAGAUGCUCGUCACAAUUCAAUCAAUCAACAUAUUGUAAAGCUUAAAGAGUCUUUUGUUAGUAAGGUUGUUAAUGGUAAAAAAGACACAUACGAUAUUCACAAAUUUCCAAAGCCAGUUGAGGUUUUAUCAAAAUUAGAUGCCCACUUUUAUUUUAAAGAUGUUCAAGCGGAUCAAUUUUAUAAAUUUAUUCAUCAUUAUUAUGAUAUUAAAGAUUCUGAUAUUCAAGUUGGAGAAAAAAAGAAACAUUUUGGUGGUACUUCAUAUUGCUAUUGUUCUGGAUCAAGAAGCUUUAUAUCACCAAGUUGUAAAUUAGAAGAAUUAAAACAAAGACACUCUUAUUGUCAAUCCUGUGCCAUUUUCAGCAAAUAUGUUUUAAAUAAAGAAUAUUAUUUUGGUCGUUUGAAAUUUGAAGAAGGUGAAAUAGAAGAAGGUGGAUAUCAAGUUUCAGAUGAACUAAACAACACAUCAAAUGAGCUGGUUGAUCAAUUAAUGGAACUAUUAAAGAGAGAUCCAGAUUUUAAAGAUUCAUUCAUAUAUACAUUCAUUAGUGAUAUUAUUAAAACUUUAUUCAAAGGUACUGGUACUUGGUCAGAAGCCACUCUCCAUUUUGCAAGAUCAUUAAAAUUCCUUUUUGGUAAAAAGGUAAUUGAAUUUUUAAAUGGUAAUAAAUCAAAAAGAAACAAAUAUGGUGGUAUUCCCUUCCCCUCACUCUCAACCGUUCAUAAUUUCUUUCACAACAAAUCAGAUUACUACUCAAAUGAAAUGAAUGCAAGAUUUAAAGCUCUUAGAGAUUCAUUAGAUAAAAUGGAAGAAUACAAAGGUAGACCUUAUUUUGCUGGUGUUGUUUUUGAUGAGAUUGAUACUCUUAAAGGUCCAAUCGAUAGAUCCAAUCUCGAUAAUAUUUCAAUGGAAAAAAUCGAUGAUAAUUUAACCAGAAAGAUCACUCAAUUCUUCCUUGUCGGUUUAGAUGGUAAUAUAUCCUUUAGCUUAGCAAGAUUUCCAAAUAAUGGCAAAAAUACUUUAUUGGUUUCAGGAUUAGCAAUUGUUGACAUUAUUAAGACUGCCUCUAAAUAUAAUAUCAAGAUAGUUUUUGGUGCAAUGGAUGGUUUUGAUACAACUGAUUUUAUCCACAACUUUAUUCAUAAACAAGCCAAUGUACUAGAUCUGGCUGAUCCAAAUGGUGACUUUCACAUUAUUUAUGAUAGCGUUCAUAUGGUCAAAUCUUUACGAAAUUUAAUUAUUCAAAAAACUCCAUUGAAGAAUAAAAUCUCUGCCAAUGAACUCCAUCCAAGUGAUAGAAUGUCUUUGAGACCAGUUAAAACUCUUUUUAGUGAAUAUGUUGAGGCAUAUUUUAGAGGAGAAACUCAAAAAUCGAAAAAUGAUAUCCAAUCUCAACAAUUUAAUAGUAUUGCCGACUAUCUAAAGAAUUUAAGAAAGUUUUAUAAUAUUACCAAUGGUUCAGAAUUAGCAAACGUCGAAAAUUCCUUAAUUGAAUUAGAGGAAGUAUUCAAUUAUUUCACUGCAUUUGAAGGUCUUCCAAAACCAACUAAAACUCACCUCAAUAGAACAAUUGGUUCAUUAAAAAAAUUAUUUGAAUUAGCCAAAAGAAAUGAUAUUAAAAUUAAUAAGCUUUCACAUCUGGGUACAAAUAUUAAAAGCAAACAUAAUUUUAAUAGUUUACUCGAUUUAAAGUUAAAAGCUGGUGAUACAGAUAAAGGUACAAGUGCAUUGGAAUCGGUCAUUAAUGGUUUUAGUGCAAUUAGUCUCAAGAAAAUAUUUGGUGAGGAUAUCAAAAAGAAUUUAGAGAACAAUGUUGAAGGUAAAAUGAAGAAAGCGGAAUAUGUUAAAGUUAUCUCAGAUUAUUUAAAAGAUAAUAGAUCCCAAGUUACAACUGUGGUUAACAAACUAAAAGAAGAUAAUCGAAUAGUAAAGAAAAAUAGAAAUGAAAAGAAAUUGGAAAAUAAGACCAAGGAAUAA